GUUUCGCCUAGAUUUCAUCCAGUGUUGUCCCGACCUCCGUAAUUCCCGAUUGCCCCGCCGCUCCCAUCAUCAUAAAUACGAGUUACAAGUUUCGCUGGUUCAACUCCCACUCUUUUUUAUCGAGGCUGUGUCAAGCUAUGAAAAUUGCCAUACUAACCUCGGGUGGCGAUAGCGCUGGAAUGAACGCUGUCGUUCGAGCCGUCGUCAAAGUUGGUAUCUUAAAAGGUUGUGAAACCUGGGUCGUUCGUGAAGGAUAUGAAGGCCUCGUUCGAGGCAACACUGAGGCCUUAUCUGAGCAAUCCCUGGACGAGGAACCUGUCGAUCUACCAGAUAAUACUUCUCCAGAUGGCACCAGCUUUAAUCUCAUACAUAAUUUACGAUUCGGAGAUGGAGAUCUAUUGAAGGACGGUACCGGCGAUCAUCCUGGAACCAGAUCAUUGAAGGGCAGAUAUAUCGUUCGUGUAGGAUUUGACGAUGUCAGAGCAUGGUUCGCAGAGGGAGGAACAUUAAUUGGUACUGCCCGGUCUAAAACCUUCCGUACGCCUGAAGGACGCCUUCAGGCGGCUUAUAACAUGAUUAAGGAAGGUCUCGACGCUCUGGUCGUUUGUGGAGGUGACGGCUCUCUCACUGGUGCUGAUGUCUUCCGCGCUGAGUGGCCGAAACUGGUCGAAGCUCUACAAUCGGAAGGCCGUAUAACAGCAGAAAAAGCAAAGCUUCACGCCCACCUCAGAAUCGUAGGGCUUGUUGGCUCUAUUGACAACGAUAUGUCGAUGACCGACCUUACUAUUGGGGCACCUACAGCUCUUCAUCGUAUCUGUGAAGCUAUUGAUAAUAUCAACUCCACUGCCACUAGUCACUCGCGGGCGUUUGUUCUGGAAGUGAUGGGCAGGCAUUGCGGUUGGUUGGCUCUACUUGCUGGCGUCAGUGGCGGGGCUGAUUUCAUUUUCAUUCCUGAGCGUCCACCCACCUCCGAGUCAUGGGAAGACGAAAUGUGUGAAUGCAUUCAUCGCCAUCGUGAGGUUGGUAAACGGAAAACCAUUGUCAUCGUAGCGGAAGGAGCUACCGAUCGCGAUUUGAACCCCAUCAAAGCGGACCACGUCAAGGAUGUGCUUACUGAACGUCUUGGUUUGGAUACCCGUGUUACUACACUGGGACACACUCAACGAGGAGGAAGACCUUGCGCUUAUGAUCGGGUUCUGCCUACGCUUCAAGGUAUGGAGGCUGUUGAGACACUACUCGAAGCCACUCCCACCUCGCCAUCGUAUAUGAUUGGCAUUCAGGAGAAUAAGAUCACAAGAGUGCCUCUCAUGGAAGCUGUCGCGAUGACUAGAGCGGUCAGUGCAGCAAUCGAGGCAAAGGACUUUGAAAAAGCCAUGUCAUACAGAGACCCGGAAUUCAAAGAGAGUUUUGAAGGGUUCCUCAAAAUAUCCACAUUGGAUCAAGAAAAAGUGCCUGAGGAACAAAGGAUGCGAGUUGCCCUUAUGCAUAUGGGUGCUCCUGCAGGUGGUAUGAACGCAGCGACUCGUGCAGCUGUUAGGUACUGUAUACGACACGGACACACGCCUAUCGCAGUGCACAACGGUUUCCGUGGCCUACUUGACGACGAGGUGCACGAACUAUCAUGGCUUGGCGUUGAUUCCUGGACCGCUCGUGGUGGCUCAGAACUUGGAACAAAUCGUACCCUGCCUUCCGUUGACCUAGGUGCGGUCGCGGCAAAAUUCCAAGAGCAUCAGUUCCAUGCGCUCCUGAUGAUUGGGGGAUUCGAGACAUUCAAUUCGUUGCUCAUCAUGGAGGAGGGCAGGAGACAUUAUCCUGCUUUCCACAUUCCAAUGGUACACCUCCCAGCGACGAUCAGUAACAAUGUACCAAUGACGGAAUGGAGUUUAGGCAGUGAUACUAGCUUGAAUGCAUUGGUUGAUGCUUGCGAUGCGAUCAAGCAGAGUGCCAGUGCCAGUCGUAAUAGGGUAUUUGUUGUCGAGACACAAGGUGGAAAGUGUGGAUAUCUCGCGACAGUGGGAGCAUUAGCGACUGGUGCCAGCUUAGUGUACACCCCGGAGCAGGGUAUGGACCUCGAUACGCUUCGGAGAGACGUGCGUUUCCUUAAGACAAGAUAUAAGUUAGACGCAAAGGGCCGAAGUGAAGGGCGGCUGGUGAUCAAAAACGAAGUUGCAUCCCAAGUUUACACAACUGAUGUGAUGCAAAAAAUGUUAAAGGAAGAAGGUGGAACGUUAUUCGAUGCCCGCUCUGCCUCUCUCGGCCACACUCUUCAGGGCGGAGUACCAUCGCCAAUGGAUCGAGCUCGUGCAGUGCGACUCUCGCUCAAAUGCAUGGCCUUCCUUGAGCGAGAGCAUGUCAAACUUUUACAGCAACCCGUGAAAGCAAGACAUGCAACCCCAGAUUCCGCGGCUAUCAUCACCAUCCAAUCUAGCUCGCUGAAGUGGGUUCCCGUUCAGGAAAUGGUUGCGCAUGCAGACAUGCAAAAUCGAAGAGGCAAGAAUCCGUGGUGGGCUAAUAUCAAAGAGUUGGCGGAACUGUUAGCUGGCAGACCGCAGUUAAUUGGGAUACAUUCAAAGGAUCUGGCUCAAUAUGAAUAAUUGAAGUAGCUGAAGUGACCUAGUUAAUCAUGCUCAUACAUAGUACAUGGAGAUGCCUGCACAUUUAGAUCGAAAUAAUACUACUUAUGUUGGUGUAAU